AUGAAUUCAAAAUUAAUGAGAUUGAGCUUCUUUUUGAUUGUUAUUGAGGUAAUAUAAUUUGUAAAGCCAAAAUAGUGUAAUAUAGGAUGUUAAACUUGCUAAGAUAACUCGAUAGACGAAUGCAUUCAAUGCUAUAGCGGCUACUAGCUAGAUGAUUAAAGAUAAUCGUGUAAAUAUUAAUAAUGUUCUGUAAAUCAGUUUUUCUAAAUAGAUAAUGUUUCAGUGAGCGAUCAAAUAGGAAAAUGCGUUUCUAUAUGUAAUCCUUUACACUAAGAAAAUAUUAUUACUAAUUUGUGCGACUAACUUCAGCAAUGUCCCUCUGUAUUUUAAACAAACCAAAAUCUGGCUAAUUUAGUAAAACUAAAUGAUUUUUUUGUUUUCUAAAAUAAAUAAUAUGUCGCUUUGCUUGAAGACCGCUUAUCAAUUUAUAAUAAAAACGACUUGUAUUUAGUUAAAAGCUAUCUUUAUGAAGCUGGUGAUAUAAAUGUACUCAAUUUGAAUGGAUAAGUAUUUGUAGUAACUAAUACAUCUGCUAUUUACUAUUGGGAUUUUCUUCAAGGAUCAAGAUUAUUAUUAUCUCAAUACUAAAAUGAAUAGGAGAGUUUUUCGUUAGCAGUUAUCUCUAUGCUUAAUUAAUUCGUGUAUAUUUAAAUUAACGAAAAUACGCAGACCAAAUUUUAGGUUAUUUAUGAUUAACCCAAUUAUUAAGUUCUAAAUGCUGACCCAAUAAUAAUUUAAAACAUUGGAAACAAUUCAUUUAAUUAAAGCUUAAUAAUCUUGUUCUAAUCAAAUAAUUAACAAUAUCCAAGCAACCUGAUAAAUUUUUUAACAACAGGUUAAUAAGGAGUUAUUCUUUGCGUUUUUGAAAAUUCUAUUGAAUAGAUAGACACGAACAAUCAGAUUUAAACUUCUCUUUUAUAAAUACCACAAAUAGAAAAAGUAAGAUAAAUUUCAAUAGGAAGCCAAAAAAGUGAUUUAAAAAGUGUAGAUUUAGAAAGUAAAAUCAUUGAAAACUUUAAUCUACCCUUUCCUACUGCUUAAUCACAAGUGAAUUCUCUUCUAAAUAUAUAUAAUCCUUCAAUGCUUUUAACUUGCCAUGAUAAUGGAGACAUUUUCUUUUAUGAUACUUCUAGAGGAACUAAUAUAAGACUCAUAGUCAAAAAGAACUUUAAUUUAAAUACAUGCAUUUAAAUUGAAAUACUUGCUAAUAAUAAAGUAAUUGCAUUAUCUCAAUCUAGAAUUUUACUAAUAAAUAUUUACUAACAAGAAAUUGAAAGUGAAUUAAAUGAUAUAAAAAAUUUAAUCCAAUUAACUUCCAACUAUGAUAAAUUUGUUAUUAAUAGUCAAAGUUGUGUUUAAAUUUUUUCAUAAGAAUUUAUCAGCUUAUUUGAAGAGUGUAAUAGUGACUUUUCUAAUAAUAAUUUAAAUAUUGCCCUAAAUAAUGACCUAAAAGUGAUAACUUAAAAAGUUUAAUCAAUCUCACUUUAUCAAAUAGAUUUGAUUAAUAAAAUAGUUUAUUUAAUAAAAACUUUGCAAAUUUAGAAUAAUAUUAUAUUUUUUGAUGUAGUUAAAAUUUAUAAUUCAGAUGAAGAUAAGUUGAUAAAUAGCUAUACUCUAGAUGAACUUAUUUAUUUUGACAGUUAAUAAUCAUUUAACGUUUAUAAUAUUUCACUUUAAUUAGUCUAUUAAGUGAUAAUUAUUGAUAUUAAAUAAAUUAUACAAGCUAAAAGGACAAUUAAUGGCAAUUAAGCAUAUUUUAUAUUAGGUUAAUAAGCUUAAGAUGACAGCAAAUCAGCAUUAAUAGGUUUAAUAAAAAGUUCUCCAAAUUAUUAAAUAAUGCUAAAACUUAGCUACUCACCUUUGUUAGAUGACUCUUUCAUGUAUAAUAACCAAUGUGGAAACACAUUUUACUAUACAAAAGUGAUUGUCCCAUUCAACUUCUUUACUGUAUUUUAAGAAAUAGAAAUUGAUUUUUAAAGAGAUAUAACUUAUUUUAGCGGACUUGAUAUAAUACAUUUUGAUACAUUAACUAAUUAUGCAAGGAAAAUGAUAGGUCCUCCAUUAAAUUAUAUAAAUUAUGUUGGCACUUCUUCAGGAUUAGUACAAAGUGCAAAAUAAUAGUAAUUUAGAUAUUAGCAAUUAAAUAAUAAAGAAAUACUAUCAUAAACUAAUACAGAUGAUUAAAUAAUAGAAAUCAUACAAAGUGCUUAAUUAGGGAUGUAUUUUGUCAGAACUAAGUAUAAAAUAACAGUUUUUAGUAUUUUUACAAAUAAUUUAGUAGAAGUUUUGAGUACAAAAAGUAAAAAUGAUGAUCCCUUUACUUAACUUAGACUAAUAAAUGAUAUUUAAGGUGUAAUUUGUUGGAAUUAGAAAUAAAUCCUUGUUGCCAAAUAUGGAGAGAAUAGUUAAAAAUUUUACUAUCAAGGAAUGAAUCUGAUUAAUGGUUUGAUAUUUGACUCUCAAUAGUUAUUAUUCUAUGCCUAUGGUUCUGAUUUUGUAGUUUUGAAUACAUUUCUUAGUGUAACUUAAAUUGUAGAGUAAAGUGAAUACAGCUUGAAUUUAAAAUAAAAUUAUAUUAGUGCUCCAUCGGGAUUUAAUAUAGUAAAAUACAUAUAUGUAGAGUUUUUGUAAUUAGUUAUACUAUACGCUAAUGUGAGUACAUUCAGCUAAAUUUACAUUUAUGAUUUUGUAACUUGUGAAAAUACCUAAAAGAUUUCUUAAGCGUUUACCUAAAAUAAAAUUGGAGAUGUUGUAGCUAUGGAGUUAGAUAUUAUCUCAGUUUGUGUAUUAUUUUUAGACACAUAUGGAAAUUUACAAGUGAAUAUAUUAUACAAUGAUUUUUCUAUAUAAAAUAAUUUUAAAAUUACAGAAAUAUAAGAUAGAAAUGAGUAAUUAGUUGGAUUUUCUUAUGAUAGCAUUACUUCUAAUAUUUUUGUAUAUAGCACCACUUCUAUAUAUCAAAUAAAUUAUAGUAUAGCAGGAUAUAAGUAUGAAGCUUAAUUAUAUGAUUCACAUAAACUAUUUGCUCCUAUUCCAAUAGAUAAUUAAAAUAUAGAUUUCCUAAUUUUUAAUAAUGAUAAUACAAUCUUCAGAUACUCUUAAUAGUAUAUUAAAUAUGAACUUACUAUAGAGAAUUCAAAAAUAGUAGAUUUGCUAUAUGAUUCAAAUUCAGAUACUUUAAUAUUUGGGUUAGCUGACUCUAUUUUAUUUUAUAUAAACUAUUAAUUUUCCAAAAAUUCAAACUUACCAACUUAAAUUGUUAAAGGAGAAAAUGUUAAAUUUUUGAAAUUUUUAUCAAAGAAUUUAUACCUUACUUCAGAUAAAAGAGUUUUACUUUACAAUAUUAAAUCUGGUUAACUUCUUUUUAAUUUUACUUUAGACUAAUAGAAUGUAGCAACAAAGUAUUUAGUAAAUGAUUCAUGUAAUUUGUUACUAAUAGGAUUUAGUGAUGGUUAAUUACUACAGUUUGAUUUGAUUAAUUAAAGCUAUCAUUAAUACAGGGAAUAAUCUAAUGAUAUAUUAAAUAGCUCUGUAAUUGAAAUAGUUUUAACCUAAGAUUACAGUUAAGCUAUAUUUGUUACAAAUGGAGGAAUAUUAACUAGAAUAGAUCUAAUUAAAUAAGUGAUAUUAGAGAAAUUAAAUCUAAUCAGUAUUGUAAACGAAGAUCCAAGAAUCACUUUAAUAGAAUUUUUACAUGAUGAAGCUUUUAAAAGAUAUUUAUUCAUAUUUAGUGGAUAAAAAAGGGUGUAUGUCUAUAACUAUUCCACCAACUAACUUGAAAAAUAUUUAACCCUUGCUAAUGAUCAAGGAAAUAUUUUAAAAAUAAAUGAAUUAUAUAUCUUUAUCAAAAGUUCUUUCUAGAUUACUUUGUAUAAUUUAGAUAAAACUCUUCAACUUUCUUAAGUGAUUUAGAAAAAUUUUUAAGACGAUUAAAUAGUGGAUUAUGUAGUUAUACAAAAUAGUAUUAUAAUAAUAUUUUUUAUUUAAAAAUACGAAGUGUUCCUUCUUUAAAGAAAUUAAAAUUCUUUAAUAUCUCAUCAGAUCUAAGAAUAUCCAAGACUCUUAGAUUACAUUUAUAAUGAAGUUUAGGGCUAGCUGAAAGUAUAUGUCUUGCAUACACAAGGUGUAUUAGAGAACAACUAUAAUCUAAAUAUCUAAAAUAGUACAGCAUAUACAGAAUGUUCUAUUCAAAUAUAAGGAAGUGAUGUUUCUAAAAUACAGUAAUAAAUAAAUUCCAUAACUCCAAAAUAAAUUGAGACUUACUCAGAAUUAGGAUUAACAACAUAAAAUGAUGAUUAAUGGAAAAAUAUUGUAUUCUUAUCAUUAUCUAAUGACUAAUUUAAAGCGAUUAAUCAAUUUAUCUCUGAUCAAAGCUCUUAAAAUACUAAAUUUAUAUUUACUUCGCCAAAUAAUUUAGAUAAUAGCUUUGAUUUUUAGAAUUUACAAUAUGCUUCAAUACAAAUAUUUUAUUUUGCAAACUAUAGUUUAUAAUUUAACAAUGAUACAUCACAAGAGUUUUUGAAUAUUAAAUUGAACGAAAAAAUAUAAACUAUUAAAUGGCAAAAUAUAAGCAUUUCGAAUUAAUGCCUGAGAAAUUAACAAAUAAUUAUCUAGGAUGUUUAAACUGUGGUAUUUUAAAAUUUAACAAUUAAUGAGCUUUCAGUAUGCAAUUAAACAAAUUAAUAAAAAGUUGAUAGCUUAUUCAAAUUUACUAAUGUUUCAUCUAUUUAAUUUUAUGAUAUAGAAAUAUCUAAUAAUAAAUUCCUUGAAUAGUGUGAUUUUACUUUAUUUAAAUUUAAUGAUGUUUAGAAUAUAAAUAUAAAUAUGUUAAAAGUCACAAAAAGUAAAUAUAUUAAAAAUAUGUUUUCAUUUUAAUAGGUGUCUAAUAUAACUAUUUAAAAUGCAUAUGUGGCAUCUAACGAUAAUAGAUAAAUAGAAAAUUCAUAAGUCUAUCUUAUUAUAUAUAAGCAAGAAUAUUAUACUUUUACUUUUAAUGGGUGCUAAUCUAUUGUUAUUACUGAUUCAAUAUUCGAAAAUAACAAUUAAGUUUCUCUUUUUUAUUCUACAAAUGAAUAUAAUGAAACAAACUAUUUAAUAACCUGGCUAGAUGAUCAAAUCACAUUAAUUAAUGUUUAAUUUAAACAAAAUAUUAAUAUUCCAUAAUAAUCAAAAUAAUAAGAAUUAAUAUAUUUGCAAAAUAACUAUAUAAAUAUAUCAAAUAUAACUUAUAGUUAAAACAUCGGAACUUUCCAAAUAAGCCAAUCCUAAAUUAUACAAAUAGAGAACAGCUCUUUUGAAGGAAACCAAGCUUAUAAUGGUGGAGCAAUUAAUUUCUAAAAUAUAAUGCAAUAAAUUUCCUUUUCAUAAACUAAUUUUUCAAAUAACACAGCACUUAGCAGUGGAGGAGCCUUGUUUUUUUAAGAUAUUGGGAGUUGCUAAGUUAAUUUUGAUUCAAAUACAAAAAUAUAUCAGAAUAAGGCUUUAAUUGGCGGAGGGUUAAGAAUAAUUUCAAGCAAUUAAAAUGAUUUAUUAAUUCCCGUGUAUUUUCCUUUUACUGAAAACGUUUAAUAAAACUUUGCUGAAAUUUAUGGGAAUGAUUGUGCAACUUAUCUUUAAUUGAUAGAAAUAUAAAGUAUUCAAAAUACAACAUUAGAAAACAAUUAUACAUUUAAUUUUUACUAGGAUAUGACAUUAGCUCCAAGUAAUUAUUAGUUCUUUUACUCUUAAUAUGCAUAAUUUUUAGAUUUUUAAAGUGGCAAUAUGAUAAAUCUAAGAAUAUAUUUAUUAGAUAAUUACAAUAGAUAUCUGAACUUUUCUUUAGAAAAACUAACAAGCGGAGGCUAUCCUACAGAAGUAGAUUUAGAAUUAAAAAAUAUAGAGAUUUAAAUAGAAAUUUUAAAUUCAUAAUAGAGUUAACUUAUUGGACAAAAAAUUUUAAAUUAUAAUUCUUUUCAAGAUGAUGCUUAAUUUUUUUAACUUUCAGAUUUAUAUGUCUAAGGUGCCCUUUAAACAGUGUAAUACUUCACAUUAAAUUCAAAUAUUUAUUAAAGUUCACAAAACUCCAUGCCUAUUCUUUUAUCUGUGCAAUUUAGAAAUUGUAUACAAGGAGAGAUCAUUUAAAAAAUUACAAAUAAUAUUUUUGUUUGUAAAUAUUGCUCUGAAGGAACAUAUUCUUUAUAAAAUCCUGAUAUUUUAUUUAAAGAAUCAUAAAAUUCUGAAGCAGAAUUAAAAAAUGAAUGUAUCAAUUGCCCCUAAUAUGCACUUUAAUGCUAAGGAUCAACCAUUUUGUUAAGAAAUGGAUACUGGAGAUAAGAUAAUACUACUGAUCAAAUAUUAUAGUGUAAUUUAUAAGUAGACUCAUGUUAAGCAGAAGAUCCUUAAAGUAUAAACUAUUGUACUAUGGGAUAUAUAGGUCCUUUAUGUUCAUAAUGUGAUAUUUUAGGAGAAGUUUGGGAAGGAACUAAUUACUGUGAGUCAUGCUUAAUAUUAUACUUAACUGCUCUCAGUGCUCUUGAACUAUCUAUUCUACCUAUAUUGUGGCUUUAUUAUUCUGAUUUUUAAAUUGAACAAUAGCUAUUCUAAAUGCAGUUAGAAUUAAAAGCAAGUUAAAAUAUAAGUUAAUUUAUUGAGAACACCUAAACAUCAGAAAUAUUCAAUAGAAUUUCUAGUUUGUCAAGUUAGAUAAAUUAAAAUACAGAUCAGUCAAAGAGAAGAGAAAUUAAAAAGAAACCAAGUAUUUUCUAAACAAGUAAACCUAUAAAAAAAAAGAAAAUUUUGGAUUAACAGGAUACUAAUUCUGAAUUAUUAAAUAUUAAAGCUUUAUCUACUAGUAACUAUUCAUCUAAGUUAGAAAGUGAAUAGUAUACUACUGAAGGAAUAGAAACUCCUACUUAAAAAAGAAAAUUUACUUAUCUUAAUAAUCGCAAAAUAUCAUUUUUAUUAAAAAAAUAGAAUUCUGGCUCAUAAUCCCCUAAGUCAGAUUUUAGUAAUAUGUUAAAUAUAUAGAAAUAUCAACAGUAAACAGAAGAACAAGAUCCUAAGAAAGUGUAAAGAUAUCUUUUAUCUCCUAAAUUGUUUAAUUAAACUUUAAGCAAGAAUUAGAAUGACUAUGAUUUUAUUAUUUAAAGUUAAGAAUAAUGA